ACUAGCUACAAUAUUCUUGCUUUCCUCGUAUAUUUUUCAUUACCUAAAAUAUACAGUGUAGUUUUAGUGUAGCUCACUGUUAUGAGCCAACAUCAGCAAAAAGAACCUAUGUAUGUACCACAGACUGCAUUGGAAAAUUUGUCCCUGAACGAUAAACCUAUCCGUGUCGUAUGUGGACCUUUAUUACGCUAUUUGGAGAUAGAUUAUAACCAACGCCUUUGGCGUGGAUCAUGUCUUAUUGUUCUCAACCAUUUCCAAGCCCCAAAAAUGAAGAUACGUAUGCGCCCCACAGCAGCAGCUUAUGUUCCGGAACGAUCCAUUGAACCUACCGCCGUAGAUACACUUGACAUCUAUCGCAACGAAUACCAUUUCUGGCGUUAUGACUUACAGCUACCUCUUAUCACGGAAGAGCAAAUUGUUACCUACACUUUCAAUUGUUUUAAUGAUAAAGAGUUUCAAUUUUACGUGCCUUCGAUACAAAAUUCAAUGCGAUUCAUGUUUUAUUCUUGCAGUGGGUUUUCCGAUAUACCACAAGCCAUUAAAGAUAAAUUCAAUGAAAAAGAAGCACCACUUUGGCAAGACGUAUUGGAUAGACAUCAAGUGAUGCCAUUUCACGUCAUGCUAGGAGGUGGCGAUCAAUUGUAUCAGGAUCGUUUGAUUCAUGAAGAUUUUAUGAAGCCUUGGGUAGCUGAGAAGAAUCCAAAAAAGAGACUGGCUAUGACAUUACCACAGUCAAUGAGAGAUGGGUUUGAGGAGUUUUAUUUUUGGAACUACGUCAAGUGCUUUGGAUUUAAAGAAAGCCCAGUUCAAGCACAAGCAUAUGCUUCGAUUCCAGCAAUAAAUAUGUGGGAUGAUCAUGACAUUAUAGAUGGUUAUGGUUCGUACCCAGCAGACAUGCAAUCGGCAGACUGCUUUAAAGUACUAUUUGCCAAUGCAUCUAGAUUUUAUUAUUUAUUCCAACACCAUACCACAAUCGAACGUGCCGAAAGAGAUGGUAUGAUUCGAGGCUCUCAGCCGACCUGUCAUCACAUUGUUACAACCUUAGGACCAGAUAUUGGGCUUCUAUCAUUAGACGCGCGUGGUGAGCGAUCAAAAUUCGAAAUUUGUACUAAAAAAUCGUACGAUGCGUGCUUCAAGGCUAUGUACGAACGACUACCUUUCACCAUAAAGCAUUUUAUGGUAUUAACAGGUGUACCUCUAAUUUAUCCUCGUCUAACAUUGUUUGAGAAUUUGAUGGAAGGAGCGGCGAACUUGAGUCUAGCGACAGUAGCUGGUAAAACAGGUACAUUAGGAGACAUUAUCGAUGGUCAAUUGAACGAAUGGAAUGGAGAUCCUGAAUUAUUGGAUGAUAUGAAUGACCACUGGACUGCUGGAAAUCAUGAACUGGAAAGGAGAGAAUUUAUCAAGAGAUUACAAUCUUAUGCGACCGAAAAAUCUGUUCGUAUUUCAUUUUUGGGUGGUGAUGUUCAUUGUUGUGCUGCUGGGCGAUUGUAUUCAAAAGAUAUGAAAGAUAAAGAGGAAGGAGAUCCGUAUUUAAUGGUGCAAAUUGUUUCAAGUGCUAUAGUUAACGUACCUCCACCCCAAGUUUUAUUAACCGUACUUAAUCAAAAAUCGACUUACGUUACCUUUGAUGGUAAUAUUGAAGAGAGGAUGUAUAAUUUAUUUAAGAGCUCACCGAACGGCAACACACGGAAAAACAAGAAGCUAAUGGGGAGACGUAAUUAUUGCGCUGGAUAUUUUGAUGAAGGAACUGGUAAACUGAAUUUCUGGAUUCAAGCAGAGGUGGAUAUAGGCAAAAAAGGUACAAGAGGGUACCUUGUAGAUGUUCCCAAACUAGUGUUUGGUCAGGCCGGUGUUACCCUUCAUACGAAAGUGACGAAGGAUCACUUAUUAAAGCAGAACAUCUUGGCUAGCGAUGUUAAACAACAUCAACAUUUCCAUUUUCAUCGUCAUCCCUACCAAACCCCUCCACAGUUUCCACCAAGCACCUAUACUGUGAUGGUGCCUCCUCCAGUGCCUCCUCAUGUUCAAAACAAUAGCGAAUACCACAAUCAUCAAAGGCCUACUCAACAAUACGAUUGUCUGAACAUGGGCUCAGUUGGUGGGUUCAUUAAACCACCCCCUAAGUAAAAUAUAUUGCAGUUGAAGUAUUCAUAAGUGUCUUUGAAGCGUGAAAUAUCCAAUCGAAUCAGCAAUGCUUUCUAUGACAAAAAAAAAACUUAGCAAAAGUAAAUACCAUUUGGUGCCAUCAUGCCUUGAUAGCUCUGGGUACCUGUAUUUAGCGUCGCAUACAUUACUCAUUACCCUUGGUCUACAGGAACAUUUAAUACUCAAAAAUACACUUGCCUAAUAGCUUUUCCCUUUGAUAUAAAACAAAGAAAGUGCUAUAGAUUGGGCAUUAUAAUCAAUAAAACUGCAAAUACUAUAAUAACGACGCGUAUUAGCAAAG